GCCCUCCAGCUAAGCGGGGAGCCCUCGCUGUCCCCAGCCACCCCCACAGGGCUCUGACCUUGGCACAGCCUCACCCCCCAGCUGCCAGCAUAGCCACGCCUGUUUCGGGCUGGGGCGGGUGAGCCACUCGGCUCCUAAUCCCUUAGGCAGGUGCCGCCUCUUGCAGGCGUGGGGAACCUGUGGCCUUGGGGCCACAUGUGGCCUCUGGAUCAUUGAGUGCGGCCUUUUGACUGAAUCCAAAUUUUACAGGGAUUUGUUCUGUGCAGUUUGGAUUUGGUUGAGGGCCACACUUGGGAAUCUGGAGGGAGUGUUGGAUCCGGUGGGUUUGUCAAGGUGCGGGAUUAUCUACUCAGAGUGGGCAGAGAUAAGGGUUUCAGGGACUAAAAAGAACAUUUGUUUGGAAGAUGCUAGGGUGUCUAUGCCCUGUGCCAGGACGCACUGACACAGUGGGCUGGGGACAGGUCUCUCUAAGCACCCCAGCCCCCUGGCCUCUGGCCCGGGCCUCCAGAGCACAGCUCUGCCCACUUGCUGAGGCCUGGCACCCAGGCCACAGGGGGAGAGUUUCUGGGUGGCCUUCCUGGGGACCAUGCCUGAGCUGAGGGCUGGGCGCCAACAUCCCAGACAGGCAGGGUGGGCAGGCUGUCAGAGGCCUGCCAGACUACGUGCCCCCAGCUGCUGGGCAUCCCGCCCUGCCUGCAGGGCAUGGGCGGGGAUGGGUGCAGGCAGCUGGGCCAGGGUGCUGCAGGGUGCAACUCGAUCACAGCCUAUCGCAGUGGGCUCUGGCCCAGGUGGGCAGGCCAGCUGCCCCAGGGCGUCCCAGGGGCAUAAAUGCUGCAUGAGGGGACCGCCUCAACACUGCCCUGCCCCAGCACCUGAGGAGUUGCCCUGCCCGAGGUCCUCCACGAUGCUGCAGGCUCUGCUGACUGGCUCCUUCCUCAUCCUGUUGGGACUGUCCCCAGGCCAGGCCCAGGUCCCCAUCCAGGCCAACUUUGAUGCCAGCCAGUUCCAGGGCACCUGGUACGUGGUCGGGGUGGCAUCAGAUGACCAGGGCUUCCUGAACUCCAAAGACAACAUGAAGAUGCCUGUGGUUUUAGUGACCCCCUUGGCCAACGGUGACCUGGGCCUCAAGUUUGGGUAUCCCACGCCGGACGGCGGCUGCCAGAAGAUGGACAUGACCUUCAGCAAGGGGGCCACGGAAGGGCAGUUCAGCAACCCAGCCAUGGCCCAGACUGACAUCCGCGUGGCCUUCACGGACUACGAGCACUUCGCCUUGUUAUACUUCGAGACGCAGAAGGGGGGCGUGAGGAACGUCUGGCUGCAGCUCUACGCCCGAGCCCCGGAGCUGUUUCCUGAAGGCGCCCAGAAGAUGCAGCUUCUGGCACCCCAAGUGGGCCUCAGUCCCAGCCAGGGCGCCCUACUGCCCAAGUCCGACCAGUGCGCCAGCGCCCUCUCCCAGUGAGGGGUUCAGCCCGAGCGCCGCCGGGGCGAGUGGCCGCCGUGCAGCUCCGCGUACCGCGCCCCGCCCCAGCAGAGCCCCGUUUCUCUCCACAUCCCCGCCCAAGUCAAUAAACGGUCUCUGAAAGCCU